GUAAUAAUGGGUGAUUUAACUCAUUUUCCAUCUGUAUAUCGAAGCCGCAUCCCUAUAUACAACAGCAACCUCCACUCUCACUCCCAUUACUUCCCUACUCCCAACACUCUCUAAACCCUAGCGGCACCAAUUCCAAUACAAACUCUCUCUCUGUACAGAUCAUGGCCGAUCCUGAGCACCACGAAGAGGAGGAGACACCAGUCGUCGGCGAUGACGAAGAUACCGGAGCUCAAGUCGCUCCCAUCGUCAAACUAGAGGAGGUUGCCGUCUCAACCGGUGAAGAAGACGAAGAGGCCAUUCUAGAUCUCAAAUCGAAGCUUUACCGUUUCGACAAGGAUGGAAAUCAGUGGAAGGAGAGAGGUGCUGGUACUGUUAAGUUCUUGAAGCAUAAGGCUACCGGUAAAGUUAGGCUUCUCAUGAGGCAAUCCAAAACCCUCAAGAUCUGCGCCAAUCAUCUCAUUUUGGCUACGAUGAAUGUCCAAGAACAUGCUGGGAACGAGAAAUCUUGCGUUUGGCAUGCUAGGGAUUUUGCUGAUGGUGAACUUAAGGAUGAACUUUUCUGCAUUCGUUUUCCAUCUAUUGAAAAUUGCAAAAGCUUUAUGGAAACAUUCCAAGAAGUUGCUGAGUCCCAGAAGGCAGAGGAAGAAGAAGAUGCAUCUGCUGCAGCUGGUCUUGUUGAGAAAUUGAGUGUUGAAGAGAAGACUGCUGAUGCAGAGAAGAAAGACGAAGAGAAGUCUGAGGAAAAAACUGGUGAGGCAAGUAAGGCAGAUGCAGAUAAAAAAGUUGAAGAUCCCACUUCCUCUGCUUGAGUAUUAUUAUUUAUUCAUAUUUCAUACUACUUUGCAAUCUGACAAGGUUGUGGUCGAUGUUUUUGCCGUCCAUGUCUUUGGAUACUGUCAUACUUAUAGUCGUCAGAUUGUCACUGUCCUGCAACUGAGCUGUUUGUGUCCUCUUGAGUUUUUAUCAGCAAAGCUAAAUUAGGGUUGGGUGUGAAUUUUGAGGCUUGAACUAGUUCAGCUUUCUUGGGGUCUUGGAGUUUUUACUGUUAUAGUUAUUUUUAUUCUACCUUUGUAUUUGUUGCGAGUAAUGAGUCGUGUUGGUUGGGAGGCCGCAGUCCAGAAUGGUAAAGUCAUAAACAAAGGUUUUGGAUACAAUUUGUUUGAGUUUCACAUUUUGGCUAAAAUAUAUUCAGUCUUUUAUUUUUUU